UGUGUGUGUGUGUGUGCGUGUACUCUCUCUCUCUCUCUCUCUCUCUCUCUCUCUCACGCACACACGGGUGAGAUCGGCUCAGUCAUGGAGGAGUUGAGCGCGGUGGGUGAACAGGUCUUUGAUGCCGAGUGUAUCCUCAACAAACGCGUGAAGAAGGGCAAACUGGAGUAUCUGGUGAAGUGGAGGGGAUGGUCGUCCAAGCAUAACAGUUGGGAACCUCAGGAAAACCUUCUUGACCCGAGACUAUUGGCUGCGUUUAACAAGAGGGAGCAGGAGAGAGACCUCUUGAUCAGUAAUAGAGGAAAGAGGCCUCGUGGACGACCCAGAAAAAUAUUGGAAGCCAUUCCACCCGAGUCAAAAUCCAGCAGUUCUUCAUCUUCAUCCUCAGGUUCAUCUUCCUCCUCAUCUUCGUCGUCAUCAUCAUCAUCCUCCGAAGACGACGAAGAUGACCUCGACAGGAACCCGAAGCCCAGUCCUCGGCCACGAGAGCUUCACCCGGUCCCUCAGAAGAAAGCACAGAUCGUGUUGGCCAAGCCAGAGCCUCCUAAGAAGCGAGGGAGGAGACCGUUGCCUCCUGAACUGAAGGCGCUGCGACAGGCCAAAGGUCGAAAGUUUUUCAAACCCACGCCGAAAGACUUCCGCAACAUUAAGAAACCGCUCAUGCCCGCUAGCUUUACCUUCACCGGGUUGAGCAGAGGAUCUUUUCCACACAAUUCAUCUGGGAAGAGUUCGCUAAGUUCAGCUGGGCGCUCUGUCGGAUCCGCGUCCUUGCCACUAAGUCGCCCGCCGCAAAGCAAACCCGCUUCUGAUUUUACACUCUCAGUGUCGGAUAUGAGCAGCGGUGGGGCUGAUUCAAAAACACCAUUGUGCAAGUCUCCAGGAGUGGCUGCUUUAAAUGUUCACAACAUAACAAACGGGAGCAUCGGACAAGGGCAGUUGGCGACUGCGAAACAGGAAAGUUCUGAUCAGAGAGCAGCUCUCCCGAAAUCGCCCUCAAACUCCUUUCCAUCUCUGAAAACUCCCUCCAGCCUUCAGGCACUCAAUCUGCAGAGCGUCAACAAGACCUCUCCGGCUAGAGACAGUACUCAUCCAAAAAGUGCCCCUAACCCGGCCAGAAAGAGUAGUACAGGAUUUAACACGAGGCAAGAGCCGAGUCCUGCACCCAACAACAUCCCAACUAAAUACACAUCCAACCAACCAAUCCUGAAGAGUCCACAGCGGGACAGAUCCAAAACGGAAGAAGCCAGGGAUUUAAGCGAGAGAUUCGGAAAGAAGAGUCAAGGCGACAUGGCCGUUCAGACUCCGACAUCAGAGACGCGAGAUUCCCAAGACAAACAAGUUGGAAAACAAGUCAAGACCUUGAGCGAGCUCAGCACCGGAGAGGAGGGCAGCAGCUCGGAUUCUGACCAUGAUUCCUCGUUUCCCAAUAACAACCAAGAGCUGUCCAUCUCGGGUCAGGACUGGAGGCCGACGCGCGACCUGAUCGAGCACGUGUUUGUCACGGAUGUGACCGCGAACCUCGUGACGGUAACGGUGAAGGAGUCGCCCACCAGUGUGGGAUUCUUCAGCAUCCGUAAUUACUGAACGCCGACUGGAAAUUUGAGAGAGACUGAAGUUUUGAAGGAAUUCAAGCUGCUGCGACAGGUUUUAUCGUCACGUUUUUACUCAAAGCUGAACUUUUAAAGUUUUGAAGAACAAAAAGGUGGUGAUCGUUCUGAGAUGUGUAUAAUCUCACCUGGUGCUUCGUAAAAAAACUGUCUGUUACAAGUUCCUGUACUGGUUUUAAAAGAGGUUUUCUCAUGUUGUUUUUACUGCUGGGAUGUAUGGGUUUCUAGUUCUCAUCAUGUCGAUUCUGAGUAUUCAAUGCAGAAGGUUUUAACCGUGCCUGUUUUCAGUGCUCUGAUAUCAAACGUAACUCGUGAAUGUCUUUGGCAUCUUUUUGAUACAGUACUUCACAACAGUUUUCUCUUUAUUUAUUAUCUCUUACUGGAUUUUUUGUUUUUAGGUCAUAUGCUGAAACACGCAGUAAAGAUUCAGUUUUGUACAAAAUGCACUGUUGUCGGUUUUCAAUCUUGAAUCUACUCGAACUGUUUCGUCAGCGUUGGGGCGUCUAGCGGUCAUUUUAGCAGGGUGUGCCUUGUGUCAUUGACAUCAUAAUAAACACCACCUAGGGCAUGUGUAUGAAUGGAUCUUAAUCCUGUUUUACAAUCGGAAGUUUGGGUUCACUGGGGUCGCAAGUUUAAAAUCCUUGUAUUGGUUAUAUGUAGGCAGGCUUUUGACGUUUAGAUCGUUUUAAAAAUAUGCAUUUCUUCUCUUCUGUGCUUCACUACCACACAUUUUAUACACAGCAGGCCUGUCAAUUUCCCCAAAUUUAAGAGAAGCUGUGGUAUUUCUGACACUCGGCUGUUCUCCAACACUCACACUGACUUUAAAGGUGAAGUUUGUCAAUUUUACACAACAAAACUUUCAGACAGACUGGUUUUAAACUGGGCUCAGGCGUCGGUGUAAAUAAAUCUACCAGUGACUUGUCGUGUGCAUAAUAGCAUCAACUGCAUAUGAAGAUCAAUAUGGUGAUAUCUCCGUUAGAUUAGGGCUCGUCAAUGCUAAACAACACAAUGUUAAAUGAUAUGAGCAGUUUUUGCCAGAAGGCUGAAGGGGGUUCGCCGCAGUUUGAGCGCCUGCGUGACGCAGUAGGACGGCCGUUAGCAGCGUCAACUCGUUCUUGAAGUGAGAGAGAUAAUCACAGAGAUCAGCUGAAAAUGAAAUGACGUCUCGUCCGUGAGGCAGAGAUGAGACAUGCUGAGGUCACCGUCUCUCGGUUUAAUACAAGUCUGGAUUACGUGAUAUGUUUGUGUGUUAAACACACAGUGGCCUCCAGACAUGCCUACUGUCACGUUACACUGUAAAAACAUUUUGGCUCAACAAUUUUUUUCAUUGCCACAAAUACAAGAAAACACGUGUUGCAUCACAUUGCCAGAGAGAAAGAAUAAAAAAUAAAGAAAAGCAUCACUAAAUAAAGUUAAGUGCUUUUAAACUAU